GCAGAGGACGAGAGCAGAUAAUAGUGUGGUGCGGUGCGUGACGUUAUCGUGUUGAAAAAAAGUGCAUUGGUUUAGUCAGUCCGCGGAGGUGCUGGAAGGUGGACGUGUGUUACCAGCCUCUGAGACCUCCUUCCAUGCGGAGCCUGGUGGCCUAAAAGAUGGACAACAAGGCAGCAGAUGACAGCGUCCCGGGCCGAGUGAUACAUGUGAACGGUGCCACCAACGAUAUAGGGUCCCUCGAGGAGCUGAAGAAUGGCAAGCAUGAGACAUUGGUGGAGAUGAAGGAUGUGGACGGGGACGAUGACGGGAACUCAGGAAAAAAGAAGAAGAAAAAGAAGAAGGAGAAGGAGGAGGAUGAGGAUGAGAAGAACAGGCUCCCUCCGGUUCCAGUGUUUGAAUUGUUCAAAUACUCGACAGUCAAGGAGCGAGUCCUCAUGGUGAUUGGGUUUCUGGCGGCCGUAUCCUCUGGGGUUUGUUUGCCUGCGCUGUUCAUUCUCUUCGGGGACAUCACCAACGCAUUUGUUUACAAUGGCUUCCUCUCCUCCAUCAACAACGAGACUCUUCCUGACGUAAUAGACGACUUCGCAGGGAUGGGAGUCAACAUAUCGGAAAACGCCACAGUGGAGGAAGUGGUUGAGUACCUCUCAGUGUACCUGGGCAUCGAGGACUUCUUCACAGAGGUGGUCAGGUUUGGCGUUGGAACGUUCGCCAUAGGGGGCAUCCAGAUGGUCAUGGGGUACAUCUUUGUGACCACUAUGAACUACGCAGCUGAGGGACAGGUGUUCCGGCUGAGAGGGAGGUUCCUGGAGAGCAUCUUGAGGCAGGAGAUUGGCUGGUUUGACACUCACCAGACCAAUGACUUCGCCAGCCGUGUCACAGAGGACCUGAACAAGAUGCAGGAAGGCAUGGGGGAGAAGGUGGGAAUGUUCCUGUUCUUCAUGACCACCUUCAUUGCCUCCAUCAUCAACGCCUUCAUCCACGGCUGGGAGCUCACCCUGAUCAUCCUGGCCGUCUUCCCUCUCAUUGGGCUCUCCACGGGGCUCAUUGCAAAGGUGACCACGAGCCUGACCUCCUUAGAGAUGCAGAAGUACAGCAAGGCAGGGAGCAUCGCCGAGGAGGUUCUGUCUUCCGUGAGGACAGUAUUUGCCUUCGGAGGGGAGGACAAGGAGGUGCAAAGGUACGACAAGAACCUAGUGUUUGCCAGGAAGGCGGGUGUGAAGCGUGGCCUCAUGACGGGCGUGGGGGUUGGCGUCAUGUGGCUCUUUAUCUACCUGGCCUAUGCCCUCGCCUUCUGGUAUGGCACGGGCCUCAUCUUGGAUGCACGAGAGGGCAACGGUGAUUACGACCCGGCCAAACUCAUUAUUGUGUUCUUCAGUGUGUUGAUGGGGGCCAUGAACGUGGGGCAGACGGCGCCCUACGUGGAGGCUUUCGGUGUGGCGCGGGGAGCAGCCGCCACCAUCUUCGACAUCAUUGAGAGGAAGUCCGCCAUCGACCCCGCCAGCACAGAGGGGGAGAAGCCUGACUCCAUCACUGGGACUAUUGAGCUGAGGAAUGUCCAUUUCAACUAUCCGUCUCGGCCAGAUGUCAAAAUCCUGCAGGGAGUGAGCUUGUCGGUGGAACCAGGACAGACGGUUGCCUUGGUGGGCUCAUCCGGCUGUGGCAAGUCAACCUGCAUCCAGCUUGUCCAACGCUUCUAUGACCCAGAAUCAGGGGAGGUGAUGCUCGACGGCCAGCCCAUCCAGAGCCUGAACAUUGGGUGGCUGAGGGACCAUAUAGGCGUGGUGGGGCAGGAGCCUAUUCUCUUUGCCACGUCCAUCGCUGAAAACAUCCGCUACGGGCGCGAGGGUGUCUCCAUGGAGGACAUUCAGGCAGCAGCAAAGGAAGCAAAUGCUCACGACUUUAUCAUGAAGUUGCCCAAGAAAUACGAGACUCAGGUCGGCGAUCGUGGCGUGCAGAUGUCUGGCGGGCAGAAGCAGCGCAUUGCCAUCGCCCGCGCCCUGGUGAAGCAGCCACGGAUUUUGCUGCUGGACGAAGCCACCUCAGCCCUUGACAACCAGAGUGAGGCGGUCGUUCAACAGGCACUCGACAAGGUUCGCAAGGGCCGCAGCACCAUCAUUGUGGCCCAUCGCCUCUCCACCAUCCGCAGCGCCGACAAGAUCAUCGUGUUCCACCAGGGCGUCGUGGCCGAGGAAGGCACACACAAGGAACUCAUGAAGCGCAAGUCCUUCUACUAUAACCUGGUCACUGCUCAAGUCUCCACGAGCGAACGGAAUAAGUCCGCCAAGGAAGGUGCCGAGUCUGACAGCAGUGAUGAGGACGAGGUUAGCCUGCAGCAGGAGAUCAUUGAGGAGAUAGCCAGCCAGGCACCCUCGAUUCUCACCCGUACCUCAUCCGUCAAGCAGUCCCUCCGCCGGCGCCGCACCUCCACCAAGCAGUCCCUCCACUCAAAGAAAGCAGAGGAGAAAGAGGAGAAGAUUCCCACCGUCCCGCUGUCGAGGAUUAUGAAGAUGAAUGCAACCGAAUGGCCGUACAUCUUGCUGGGGUGCGUGGGGGCGGCAAUCCAGGGCACCGUCAUUCCCCUGUACGCCAUUGUCUUUGGGGAGGUGUUUGGGGCGCUGUCCACGGUGAGCUCCGUUGAGUUCCGUGAUGAGGCCAACUUCUACUCCAUGCUCUUCGUGAUUCUUGGCGUUAUUGCAGCAGCGGCAGUCUUCACGCAGGCCUACAUGUUUUCGCUCUCCGGUGAAACGCUGACAUCUCGGUUGCGGAAGCUGACGUUCGCUGCGAUGCUGAGGCAGGAAGUGGCUUGGUUUGACGAGGACAAGAACGCCGUGGGUGCCCUGUGUUCAAGGCUGUCGGGGGAUGCAGCUUCUGUACAAGGGGCCACAGGGUCCAGAAUUGGCACCAUUAUCCAGGCCAUCACGACCCUUGGCUUCAGUAUUUCUCUCUCGAUCUACUACGACUGGCGGCUUGGCCUCGUCUCCCUCCCCUUUAUCCCCUUCGUCUUUAUCGCCAUCUACCUCCAGAGCAAAAUCCUGAUGGGCCAGAGUCUUACGGAAUCCAAGUCACUUCAGGAUGCUGGCAAGCUUGCCAUUGACUGCAUCACCAACAUCCGCACGGUGGCCAGCCUUCACAAGGAGCAGGACUUUGCCCGUAAAUAUUCUGAAGCUCUGCUAAAACCUCACUUGGCUGCCCUUAAGAAGUCACAUGUCAGAGGUGCUGCCUUUGGGUUUGCUCAGGCAAUACCGUUCUGGGCCUACGCCACCACCAUGAUGUACGGAGGCUACCUGGUCGACCAGAACCUGAUACCCUACGAAGAUGUGUUCAAGGUGGCUGAAGCCCUGCUCUUGGGGACAAUGAUGGUGGGGCAGGCUGUAGCGUUUGCCCCGAACUACAGCAAGGCUCGAGUUGCCGCAUCGCAGAUUUUCUCCCUCCUCGACCGCCGCCCAGCCAUCGACACGUCUCCAGGAGUUGGUCUUCGCUUGAGUGGGGACAUCACCAACAUCAAUCUCAAGGGAGUGUUCUUCACCUACCCAACACGGCCGGACACCCCCAUCCUGCAGGGGCUUGACGUGUCCGUGGACCGAGGCAAGACCCUAGCUCUGGUGGGCUCCUCAGGCUGUGGCAAGUCAACCAUCAUCAGCCUCCUGGAGCGCUUCUACAACGCCGAGAAGGGGACGGUGACCAUCAACGGCCAAGAUGUGGAGUCCCUCAACGUGGGCUGGGUGCGGCAACAGCUUGGUCUCGUGUCCCAGGAGCCGAUCCUCUUCGACCUCACCAUCCAGGAGAACAUUGCGUACGGCGACAACUGGAGGACAGUGAACCAGAGUGAGAUAGAGGCUGCCGCGAGGAAGGCAAACAUUCAUGACUUCAUUGAGUCUCUCCCUGAUAAAUACAGCACCAGGGUAGGAGCUAAGGGCACCCAGCUGUCGGGCGGCCAGAAGCAGCGCAUUGCCAUAGCCCGAGCGCUGGUGAGGAACCCAAGUGUGCUGCUGCUGGACGAGGCAACCUCCGCCCUCGACACCGAGAGUGAAAAGGUGGUGCAGGAGGCGCUGGAGCAAGCACAGGCUGGCCGGACGAGCAUAGUCAUUGCCCAUCGCCUCUCCACCAUCCAGAGUGCAGACACUAUCGCUGUGAUCAACGCAGGACAGGUGGUGGAGAUUGGCACCCAUGACCAGCUCAUGGAGCAGAAGGGUCACUAUUUCUCCCUCUACCAGACCAAUCACUAAGCUUUCUUGUGGAGUCUGGUGGAUGGCCACAGCCCACUAGUGCCACAGGUUAAUUUUAUUUGUAAUGGCUGCCAUGAUAUAUGACUUGCUUGGUGGGACUUGACUCUGGGUCCUUGAGAUCACCACAUCCAUGUGCCAACCACUCUGCCACUGCCUCCCAGGCAUCAGGAGUGAAUGAGUGUUUGUACGCUCACUCACUGAGGAUGCCGAGUCCCACCACAAGACGCUAACAAUUUUUAACCAUCACUGAGUGGUAGAUGAUGCUUCAAGUUCCUUAUUUUUAUAUUGAGUUAGUCAUGUAUUAGCAUUUAUUACCAUUAUUUCUAGUCCGUACCUGGCAUGCCAAAUUCAUCACCACCUCAUCAUCCCACCGUGCCCAGAACUAUCAUAAUAAUAUAGACUUGUGUAUGUCAAUUUUCUUGGUAUUUUUAAGAUGAAGUUUAGGAAAUUGACUUUACAUGGAUGCUACUUUUACACAUCUUUCUCGGUCUUUUACACAACAGAAUUUUAUGAGUAUAAGAGUCAGCUAUUUGAAAGACAAUGUGAUUACUGCCAUCAAGAGUUCCUUGGUGAAGUACUUGAUUAUAUAUAUAUAUAUAUAUAUAUAUAUAUAUAUAUAUAUAUAUAUAUAUAUAUAUAUAUAUAUAUAUAUAUAUAUAUAUAUAUAUAUAUAUAUAUAUAUACACUUCCCCCCCUUCAUAACCACUUGCUACUAUAUUUUUAUAACAGUACAACUCUUCAACUUAAUAUUUCAUUCAUACUUCACAGCUACCCCCACCAUGGCUCUACCUGACACUAAUGUAUUCAUAUUCCUCCUGUAUUAAUCUUCAGUUAACUCCUGUACUCACCAUGCUGACUCUCACCUAAGGUGAUGUACUUAAUCCAGGGAACCAUUGAUGCCUCUAAUUACAACCGUGUGCCUUAACAUUGUAUGACAGUAAUCCCCAAUGCCCCAGCAAUAGUUACAUUGCUCAUGUGAAUCUCUCCAAGAGCAAGUUCUUGGUAACCUGACAAAUUCAUGGUUGGAUUUGCUCUUUUAAAUUUGUACCUACCUCAGGCAACCCUCAUUUGAGAGCAACAAUAUUAUGGCCACAGUCCCACCAACAAGCAUAUGCAGGAAUAUUUUUGUAAUGCUGUGUUUCAAUUGCGUUUUCAUGCGAUCAUUCUAUAAUUAUACCUAUUAAUUCUUCUCCUCAAUCAACUCUGACACACACAGUCGCAAUCAGAUAAAUACACUGCUUACCUAUUAUUAUUAUUAUAGUCUGCUCAAUCUUGAUCUAUUUACGCAGCACACCUUCCCCACGGCUAUUGUACGACUGGCUUGACUGUAUCACUUUGUUACGAUAGAGCUGAUAAGACCUUGUAAUACCAUUCAUCAUGCAAUGUAAGAAUGUUUUAAUAUAUGUGGAUCAGCAGUUAUUUCUACUACAUAAAACUGUCCCUUACAUCACUAUAGCCAUGAAUGUUUUGUGAAUUAAUUUCCAUAAGGUAAAGAGAGGCUACAGUAACCUACAUAACCUUUCUUUACUUUCUGGAAAUUGUUACGUAAUAAAACAUUCGAGUACAGUGAUUGAAGAGGAAUGAAUUAUGUAUUACAAGAAAUAACAGCUGAUUGACAGGUUUUAAAUCAUUCUUAUAUCAAGCAAUGAAUGAUAACAUGGGAUCCUAUGAGCUCCAUGGUAAGACGUUAUUGUGAUACAUCCGAGGCUGCCAUAUGAUAACUUAUUUAACCUAUGAUGCUAUGAUCCCAUCUCUCACAAGGGGUUACUGUCUCCAUUUACUCCUAUCAUUCACUUCUUGUUCCUCCAAUCCCUUCACUGUCUUCUUGUAUGUAAUCUACCCAUCUUCUUGGGCUGUAACUCUCACUAAAUGCCUUCCUAAACACACACACACACAAUCAGAUGCCUUACCAAAUGAAACCUGUGUCAAAAGUAUAUACAAAUUUGAUGAGUCCUAUGAUAAAAUGUGAUAAUAUGCUUUAAGAACUUUACUCAAACCUGUAAAAAUAUACCUUUCAGUUAUGCUGCCAAGAAUGUAUAUCCUAAUCAGUUAAUUAAUUGUACAUUUAGUCACUAGUUGAUUGCCUGAGUGAUGUGGUGUCCUAGGAAACUUGACAUCGUGCAUCCAGUAUUAUGUUAAUUUAAAAGUUAUUGUUUAGUUGUGCAGUCGUCCAUUGUGAUAACACUGAAUACUAGUUUGGGCAUAAUCUAAUGUGUUGCCCAGCUAGCCACUGCUAAUUAUGGGCUACACUUCAUGUUAGGCAAGGUAUCCAUUUGUUUGUUAUUUGUAUCUGUGUCCAUGGCCAGAUUAGUGAGAUCGUUUUUUUGUUGGCAACUGUGGGUCCUUUCCUCCCCAUCACUCUGCUACACAGUCCCAACACCUAUCUCUUCCUCUAUGUUUACUAUAGCUAAUAUAUGAGGACAAGAUAAGUGUCGGGAGUGUGUGACAGAGCGGCAGAGAGGAAAUGACCUGUGGGAGCCAACACAAAAAUGAUCUUGCAAUCUGGUUUUACUAUAGCAUGGCACAACACUGUUGAAGGGAAGAUUACUCAACAAUUCCACCCAUAGGAUAAGUGGAUGCUUCUCUGCCCUUCCCAUGUUAGAUUUUAUGACACACACAGAUUCAAAUACAGACGAUGGAGAAAUGUAUGCCAAGCCUUUACCAUCAUUUAUAUCAUUAUGUGUACUCUAUUUAUUGUUGUAGAAAGACAUAUUAUAAAUUUGGUGACAAUAUAAAAUUUGAGAAUGUA